AUGUCUGUGAACCAAGAUAAUAAGCAGUGUCCUCCCCGCAGGUUCACAAUAGCUCUGCUGAAACAGAGACAGAAAGAGCGCAGAGAACAGUUAGAUGCAGAGAGGAGGAAUAACCUGAAGCUGGUUCAGAGUCAGGUCCGGUCCCUUUUGGAUGAUCUCAAUCAGAGUAAAGUGAAGUCCAACUCUCUGCGAGAACUCCUGCUAGAGGAACAAAAAAAGCUAGAGGAGAUAAAGGCCAAGGCUGCAGCACUGAGAGACAUGCUGGGGCAAAAGAGACAGAGAGACAAGCUUCAAACCAUAAUGGAGACUGUCACAUCUGUCCUGGAACAAAGGAGACGCGCAGUCGAAGAAUUGCAGGACAAGUAUGAGGCCAUCUGCAAUCAGAUGAAAGAGGAGAUGAAGGCCAAAACUGCAGCACAAAAUCUCCUACUAGAAGAACAGGAGAGGAUUCAGGCUUUCAAGGAUCAGGUGAAAGAGGAGAUAAUGGGCAAAGUUGCAGCAGAGGGAGAUGUGAUGAAGCUGCAGAAAGAGAAAGAGAAGCUUGAAAUUGAAGUGCUGUCUCUCAGAAAUGCCCUGGAACAAGAGAGUCAUGCAAAAGACAGCCUCAAAGCUGAAGUGUCCUCUCUAAGAUCCUCUCUGGACAAAGAAAAAACAAAGAUCUCUGCGCUGACUCAGGAAAAAAAAGACACUCUGCAAAAGCGAGUGUUGAAAACCAAACAGAAGAUGGAGGGCCUCAAGGAAACUCAUGCAAAACAGCUGUGGACAGAGAAGCAGAAUGUGCAGGAAAUAUCCGAGGCUCUCACAACUUCAGAGAACAACAACUCUGUUCUGAGGAAAAAAUAUGAGGAGCUCCAGGAAGCGACGGAAGUCAAACAGGAGAAGCUGGAAAGAGAGAAAGAAGAGCUUCAAACUCAAGUGUUGUCUCUCAGAAAUGCCCUGGAACAAGAGCGAUCGUGCAAAUGA